AAAAGGGAUUCCCUGAUCGCGGGGAUGUUGGAGAGGGGUCCCCAGACUACCAUGCCUGCAGGAAUCGUACCUGGAAAUGAAGACCCGUAUUCCACUUUAGUGAGUAGCAGUGCAUAUGCUGCAAACAUGAAAGGAAAUUCAGGACGUCCAACACCGAAGUAUACAAAAGUCGGAGAGCGUUUACGGCAUGUGAUUCCUGGACACAUGGCCUGCUCCAUGGCGUGUGGUGGCAGAGCGUGCAAGUAUGAAAACCCGGCCCGCUGGAGUGAGCAGGAGCAGGCCAUUAAGGGGGUUUACUCGUCAUGGGUCACUGAGAAUAUCCUGGCUAUGGCUCGCCCGUCCACGGAGCUCCUCGAGAAGUACGGCCUCAUCGAGCAGUUCCAAAGUCAUGGCAUAAAAACAGUCAUCAACCUGCAGCGCCCUGGCGAGCAUGCCAGCUGUGGGAACCCUCUGGAACAAGAGAGUGGCUUCACAUACCUUCCUGAAGCUUUCAUGGAGGCUGGCAUUUAUUUCUACAAUUUUGGAUGGAAGGAUUAUGGUGUCGCAUCACUCACCACCAUCUUGGAUAUGGUGAAGGUGAUGACAUUUGCCUUACAAGAAGGAAAAGCAGCGGUCCAUUGUCAUGCAGGGCUUGGUCGGACAGGCGUUUUAAUAGCAUGUUACUUGGUUUUUGCCACAAGAAUGACUGCUGACCAAGCAAUUAUAUUUGUUCGGGCAAAGCGACCCAAUUCCAUACAAACUCGAGGACAGCUGCUCUGCGUAAGGGAGUUUACUCAGUUUCUGAUUCCUCUUCGCAAUAUAUUCUCUUGCUGCGACCCCAAAGCGCAUGCCGUGACUUUAGCACAGUAUCUUAUUCGCCAGCGGCAUCUGCUUCAUGGGUAUGAGGCCCGACUCCUGAAACACGUACCCAAAAUUAUCCACCUCGUCUGCAAAUUGCUGCUGGACUUAGCCGAGAACAGGCCAGUAGUGACGGCAGAGGUGGCAGAAGUGCCCAGCCUGUCCGCCGAGAUUGAGAAGACGGUUUCUGAGAUGAUCACCCUGCAGCUGGAUAAGGAGUUGCUGAGGCAGGGCAGCGACGCAUCCGACUGCUUCCCCGCCACCGCGGUGGCCACGGAUUUUGAGAAUCAGGAUGUGAUUCUUUCCAGCGAGCAAGGGAUUGACCCUCUCUGGAAGAGGCGGAAUGUCGAGUGCCUUCAGCCCCUGACUCACCUGAAAAGGCGACUCAGCUACAGCGACUCGGAUUUAAAGAGGGCCGAGACGCUUCUGGAGCACGGGGAGACUCCGUGGACGGGGCCUGCCCAGGCCUUGCUUGGCCGUAACCCCGGGCUGCAGAAGCCCAUAAGCCACUGUUACACCCCCCAGUCUCCACAGCUUGAUCCAAGUAAGGAAACGCUUGUCCGAAAUACAUUCUCUUUCUGGAAUCAGGCUAAAUUUGGAGGACUGGAAGGACUCAAAGAUGAGGGGUCACCGCUUUUCCAUAGGGAGACUGUUGCAAAGGAAGUACAGCGGAGUAGAACCUUCUCUUCGGGUGUUUCAGGUUCAUACAACCCUAGGGAGCCGGUUACAGCGAACCUUGCAGAUACCCCGACAGAAUCAGACAGUUCUCCCCAGCAAGCGCCCCGCUGUGAGUACGAAACUCCCGCCGGUUGCUGCUCCGACACGCCCCGCAGGCCCCUGGACUGUGGCUUCAGCCCCAAAGCACCCUUUUCCGGCGGACGCAGCCAAGCCCAGGACAGCAGAGACGUGUCCGCAGCUGCUGCACAUGGUGCUGCGCAGUCCGGACUGAGUGCCGAAGCCAGGAGAGUACUGGCAGCCAAAGCCCUGGCAAGCUUAGAUGAGUUUGCAGAGAAGGAGGAGGUGAAGAGGAAGGUAGAAAUGUGGCAGAAAGAACUAAAUUCCCGAGAUGGAGCUUGGGAAAGAAUAUGUGGCGAAAGGGACCCUUUCGUCCUGUGCAGUCUGAUGUGGUCCUGGGUGGAGCAGCUGAAGGAGCCUGUGAUCACCAAACAGGACGUGGACAUGCUGCUCGGCAGCCACACGGACGCCGCGGACGCGCUCUCUCUGCUAGAGAAGGGCCAGCACCAGACCAUUCUCUGCGUGUUGCACUGUGUCGUGAGCCUGCAGGCGAUCCCCGCCGACUUGGAGGAAGCCAUCCUCACCCGUGCCAUUAAAGCCUUCACCAAGGUUAAUUUUGACUCUGAAAAUGGACCAGUAGUUUACAACACCCUGAAGAAAAUAUUUAAGCACACACUGGAAGAAAACAGGAAAAUGAUGAAAGAUGGCCCUCAGCCUGACAUUUAGUGAUGCUUCCCGACGCUUCCCUGGUGGCGGACACCUCAGACCCGGGGACCCAGAUGGCUUUUCUGCGCACAGAUGAGCAGGUUGGAGCCUGGAGCCACUUCGUCUCAUAGCACUUUAUCUCAGACGCUCUUGGUUUGGUUUGUGCUAAGAACGCUCAUUUCUGUUGGAAGCAACUAUUUAUUUUAAAAUAUCCUCAAGCUACAUUUUUGUGCUGAAAAAUUGCCAUAACGUUGGUGCCACUUUUUAAUAUUUAUUUAACUGAAUUAAUAUUGUUCUAUUAAUAUGUAAGUAUGUGGUGUUUACAUCUUUAUUCUUUUUGACAUUUUGGAAAAAGUUGUAACUCUUUUUUUCCAAAACAGUUAUUUUGUCAGUGGAAUCCUUGCUAGAGCUUUUACCAAAUAGGUGAUUCUAGUAGUAAAACUUCACUGUGGAUCCAUCCCCCUGAUCCAGGACCUAAGGAAGUCACAAAGUGUCUUAAGCUGUUUGUAUUUGUUAAUAAGAAGGCUAUUGAUACGACAUUUUUUAAGGAUUUUUUUUUAAUUUGCAAAUUUUUUGUUUUUUCUUUUUAUAAACACAUCAAAGGAUUUCUCCGAGUGAUUUAGUGAUUUAGUUUUGUGUUGAAGGUUGACUGAGGUGAUGGGAUUUUUUACCACAGGAAGUAGACUUGCUCUUGGUUAGUCUUCCAGACCCCCGUGCUGACCCCCGCUGUCACAGGAAGCAGGAGCGCCUCUGAGCACAUCCAGCCCGAUGCCCAGCAAAGAGCAUCUUCACAGAGGAACGGGGGCCACAGUGGGCAGUGUGGGCAGCUGCUUCGACUCCGCAGGGGGGACCAUUGGGCGGGGGCAGGCUCAGUGCAGCAGCGUGACCACCAGCCCACACCUCCCACGUCUGCAUUUCCGUGGACCCCGUCAUCUCCGGGCCCUGUCUUCAGCCACUUGUCACUCGGAGAACUGAGAUUCUCAAACUAAAUGUGGUGCAUGUAGACCACACUCACCCUGUGGGCCCGAGAUAAGAAACAAGUGAACUAGUUACGGCCUAACUAGUUCUCUGUGGACCAAACUGUCUUUCAGCAGUGGAAGCUGUGAUGAGUGUGUGCAGUACCAGAGGUCAAGUCACAAGGAGGGUCCUCAUUUUUCCCAGUAAACGUGAUACUCAUCUAACCGAUUUCAUACUAAGGCAAUGACCUAAUUUUAGAGACAGAAUUUCGGGGGAAGCGAGGCUAACCACGGAUGAGUGUGCCCACCUCCUGUACCUCCUAAUCAGGUGCUGGCGCAUUGGGAAUAUCGUCAUCCUUGUCGGUCUUACGAACUCUGGUGGCAAGUGCUGUUGCCUCCCACACUGUUUCAGUUUUCUU